ACGGCGACCCACCCGGGGAGGAGGAGGCAAAGGCGUGCGGAGGGGACGGAGGUGUCGCCCCGCCGCACAGGAGUCCGGCCCUGGCGGGGCCUCCGGAUCUGGCGCGGGGAGCCGUCCUGCGCGCCCGGCGAGCCGCCUCACCCACGGGCCGCGCCGCCCCGGCCGGGAGCGCCCCUGGCCGCGCCGCUGGAGGCUCGCGGUUCCCGGCCGCGGCUCGGCCGCCUGUGCGGGGUUAGCCGGGCGGGGGGCGCGGCGCUGGGCGGGCGGGGAGCCGAGGUCCCGGGGGCGCGGGGAAGCGGGGCCCGCCGCCUGCAGGGGCUCCGCGCGGGGUGUGGGCGCGCCGGGGCGCCCAGGCCUGGAGGCGCGGGCCCGCCCGGGACACGCGAGCGCAGGCCUGGGGCUGAUCGUGAUUGGAAGAGGACUGUCAGAAGGAUCUAGGAAACACAAUUUUUCCCUAAAAAGCAAAGAUCCUUUACCUACACAUUUUACAAGAAAUGUGCAGAAAGCCAUUGAUAAAUAUACCUGUGAGUCCGUGUCAUCGUUUUCAUCCAGUGGAAGCCCCACACCCACAGAAGCCCACAGCUCUUGGUCCGGGUCUGGAUCGCAGAGUUCGACCUCGACCACGGGUGUAUCUACCGAAAGGAGCUCCAUUUGCUCAUGGAGAGAUGAAAGUAUUAGGAAGACAGAUCAUCCUGCCAACCGGUGAAGGGGUCUGCCACUUCCAGGGCAGCGAGCCUCACUCUGCAGGUCACGAAUCCUCCCCAGACGUUCGUGAACACAGCAGCCACAUCAGGCAGUAUGUUCCUACAAACUGGUUCCAAAAGCUCCCAUGGAGAAUCUGCUUUCCCUGUAGGCUGUGCAUCUCCGGCUCUCAAGUACUCCCAGCAGCACUUGCAGCCCCGGCCCUGACAGAUGCUGACUGCACAGAAGUAGCCGACCUAGCAGCAUGUUCAUCCCUGCAGGAAGAGGUCUAUGAUGUGGAUGGAAAAAUCGAAGAAUAUUUCGCUUUCGACUGAAAAGAAGAUGACGAUGAACACCUUGAACAGAAAUCAGCUCACCACUUUGGGAUGCGGCACAAGCACGGACUUCCUCCCAUUUCCCCUCAUGACUGUAUCAAAGACGCUGUGGCCGUAGAAAUGUUUGAUCACAUCUGGACAAAUGUGGUAGAAAUACUGGAAGAGCUGAUUAGAAAAAACUGGGAAGUUACACUCACAGGAAGAAGAAAAGAGAAAGAAAAACUGAAAGUCGCUGAAGCUAAAUCCCCACAGGGACUCAUUUCCCGUAUUAACACUGAUCUAAUGAGUGUUCCCCCAUCCAGAAGUUUUGCAUCUCAAAGCAUCUCCCUGGCUUCUGAUCUUAAUGCCCCCAGGUUUCCUCAGAUCCAUCGCUUCUCCAACAAUUUUUAUAGUGAUUUGAAUGGUGUGAUGACAAUUCAACCAAAAACACUUCAGCAGAUACCGACCCAUUUUGCAGACAGAACUCAGAAUGAACAAGAGGACAAAUCACUGAGUGUGGGAGCUAGUGCCCUUUCUGUGGCCCACGACCAGCUGGGAUGAAUCUCAGGCUCCUGCCGACUACAGACUUCUGCAAAGAAAACACCGGUACACAGGAGGCUGCCUUCUCUCCCUUCAGACUCACAGAGAAUGAAAACCCCCAAUGUGGACAGUGAGGAGGUGCUUAGGGGAACAAGACUGCAAACUGGCGUGGACCACAUGUCCUCCCCACCAGUCCACACCGCACGGAGAAGGUUACCCCCCAUAGGCCCCGAGCCUGCUGAGCAGAAGGUGGCAGUUCCUGGAUCUCAGCCUGUCUCUUACAGAGGAAGGCAUGCACAAAACCAUGUUUUAAGUGCAAUCCCCAAUAGUAUAGAACGAUCACCUCUUCGACAAAGAUCUCUGAUUGUGGAACAGUUUUCAAGGCCCAGCACAAUCCAUUCAUUCUGGUCAGACACCCCUCAAAAAGGUUCAUUGACUCUGAUGGAGUUUGCUGGUCACACCUGGGCAGGUCAAGGUUUGCUGACAGGUUCGCAGUAUCCACCCAAGUCUUUUCAGAGGACAACUCCGACUUUAAGAAAGAGAUUUCAAGUGGCAUCUUGAUGUUGCUUCCCCAGAAUUGCAGCCUUUGCUGGGCCCCCCAGAGCCUCUGCGACCACUUGUCAC